UUAAUAAUUUAUUUACCAAUUUGGAAUGUAGCCGCAGACUAUAUCUCUACAUUCACGUGAUCGCACUUCACUCCACUCUCUAUAAAAAAUGGCGGCAUUCCUACAAAUCUCUGCCGCCCUUUCAAUCCUAACUCGUGAACUCUGAACUCACCAUUUUCUAGUCUUAAUGUUUUCUUCAAUUCUCCACACUUAAUCAAUCCUCUUCACCUCAGAAACCCCAAAAUCAAGCUAACAAAAUGUCAAAAUCAAUUUUCCCGAUUUUCCUCAUUUCACUCUCCGCCAUUUUCUCACACUCACUUCAGCUGAAUACUAAUCAGCAGCAGCCGAUCAAAAUCGUCGUCGUUUUGAUGCUGGAGAAUCGCUCAUUCGACCACAUGCUGGGCUGGAUGAAGCAAUCCAUCAACCCCUCAAUCAACGGCGUCACCGGCCGCGAAUGCAACGCCGUGAACUCCAAUUCCACCGGCAUCAUCUGCUUCUCCGACGACGCCGACUUCGUCGAUCCCGACCCCGGCCACUCCUUCGAGGACGUCGUGCAGCAGGUCUUCGGAUCCGCCUCCAUCCCCUCCAUGUCCGGCUUCGCCGAGCAAGCCUCCACCAUGGCCGAGAAAAACCUCUCCCAAACCGUCAUGAAAGGCUUCCGCCCCGAGAAUCUCCCGAUCUACGCCGAAUUGGUCAAGGAAUUCGCCGUAUUCGACCGCUGGUUCUCCUCCAUCCCCGGCCCCACCCAGCCCAACCGCCUCUUCGCCUACUCCGCCACCUCCCACGGCUCCACCAGCCACGUCAAGCGCCAGCUCGCCACGGGCUACCCGCAGCAGACGAUUUUCGACUCUCUCCGCGAAGACGGCUUGGAUUUCGGGGUCUAUUUCCAGAACAUUCCAACCACAUUGUUUUAUAGAAAUCUGAGGAAAUUGAAGUAUGCAUCUAAGUUUCAUGACUACGAUUUUAGGUUUAAAAAGGAUGCUACGGCUGGGAAAUUGCCCAAUUUGUGCGUGAUUGAGCCGAGGUACUUCGACAUUUUAGGGUUUCCGGCCAACGACGAUCACCCCUCGCACGACGUUGCCAAUGGGCAGAAGCUCGUGAAGGAGAUCUACGAGACGCUGAGGGGAAGCCCGCAGUGGAAUCAGACGCUUUUCGUCAUCACCUACGAUGAGCAUGGAGGUUUCUAUGAUCAUGUCCAGACGCCCUUCGUCAAUAUCCCCAAUCCCGAUGGGAACACCGGGCCGGCCCCCUAUUUCUUCAAGUUUGAUAGGCUUGGUGUUCGUGUGCCUACUAUCAUGGUGUCUCCUUGGAUCAACAAAGGGACUGUGAUAAGCAAGCCAAAUGGGCCGACUAACAAUUCUGAGUUCGAACACUCAUCCAUUCCAGCAACCAUAAGGAAGAUCUUCAACCUCUCAUCCCACUUCCUAACUCAUAGAGACGCGUGGGCUGGCACAUUUGAGCAGGUUUUCAGCGAGCGAACAUCCCCACGAACUGAUUGCCCCGAGGUUCUGCCUGAUGUGAGUCCUUCAAAGAGGAUUCAAACGAAUGAAAACAGGGGCUUGUCCGAGUUUCAGAGCGAGGUCGUGCAGCUAGCUGCUGUUCUGAAUGGAGACCACUUCUUGAGCAGCAUCCCGGACGAUUUGGGGAAGAAGAUGAGCGUGAAGGAAGCUCAUGGAUACGUGAGAGGUGCCGUCUCAAGGUUCUUGAGAGCGAGCAGAGAGGCUACCAAGCUGGGAGCAGACGAGUCCACCAUUGUUGACAUGCGUUCUUCUCUAACCACACGUUCCUCCAGCCGCCACGGCUAGUUUCUUUCAGCGGAAUGGGAACUCUCUGCCGUUGUUGGUGUGUGUAAGUAGCAAUUCUUUUUGGGUGGCUGUGUAGUUGAUGAGAACUGGUCAUGGGGUUUGCAUCUUUGUAUUUAUCAGAAUUUUCUAUCUAAAUUGUGAUAGUUUCUUUGCAUAAGAUGUUCAUUCUCAUGUCUCAGUGGAAUCUGUGAUGGAACGUUUCUUUUAUUUUAAUUUGAUGCACAAAAGUUUGUAACAA